UCCUCUCUCCCCCCCCCCCCUUAAAAUUCUCUUCCCUUUUCGCGUGACGAUUUACAAAUCCCAUCAUCGCCCUUUUGGCUGUAAACUUUUAUAUGCAAAACAAACUCUCCGCCGCCAACGCUCGAUAUUUGUUGUGCUUCUUCCACUUUGACCGGUCAGAUUUGCUAACAUAUUUUGCAUCUAUUCUCGGACGACAGCACGAUGUGGACUGAUCAGAAGCACAGCUUAUUUCUCCAACAUUUGGAACUCUCAUUUGUUAAACAACUGCACCAGUCAAUUAGUUUGCUUGAUCAGGACGUGGAAGAAAAAAGCACUACACUAAUAGAUCAUAUAAAUUUGGCUGGUCGGCUGCAUGGAUGUUGGAAGAUAAAGUGCAAUAGGGGUCAUCCUCUUUCCCAUGUUUCAGUUGAUUCCAUUGGCCAUAGUAAACGUCCUACUGUAUCAGCUCAUGCACCAGAACCUUGGAAAGUUGUUAAGCCUAACUGUGAUUUGCAUGACUCCCAGAGAGAGGGUACAGGUCAGAAUUUUGUUGAUGAAAACAAUCAGUCAAACUCAGAUACUGAAUAUCGUGUGAAAAGAACAAAGACUAUGUUAGCGGAUAAGUGAAGUAAUUCUUUCUUUCUACAGAGAAAAAUGACAGCUCUAAUCUUGUAGGCUAACCUUUGAGAUCAUCAUGUCCUCCCAAAUUGAAAUUUGCUGCGUUUGAAAGAUGACAACUACGCAAGGGUGGUUGCCACUAGCCAGCUAUUCUUUUAUAUUUGUCUUGCCGAAUUUAGGAGCCAGGUUCAGGUUUGGUUUGUUUAAAAGUUUUGCAUAAUGUGAUAUCAUAAUAUUGGCUUGCGACAUGGAUUCGUUUAUUUGAGGAGAUUGGGUGUAAAAAUACGAUUUGUUAGUAGGUAAUAUUUGUAUAUGUGCAUGGACGAAGAGUCAUGUAUUUAGUUAAUUAGUUAUACUGCCUUUCUUCAGCGGAAAGAUUAUGUUUUAAUGUGAAAUGGCUAAUAUGUUAGCCCUUUUAGCUACAGGAUCAUGGGCAUUGUUUCCGAUUCUAGCUAGUGAGAAUUGUGAUGUACUAGUAUUAAUGUAUUGUCGAGUUUUGAGUUUCUUUUAAGAACGUCACCAUUUUAUGUUUC